GUUCAUCAAUGGUCUGUAUUCUGCUACUGUUCUUCUUCACCUCUCAAAUUUUAGCCCAGCCAGCACCACAAUCAAACUCGACCACAAGCUUUUCAUGUGCAGUAGAUGCACCAUCCUCAUGUGAAACAUAUGUAGCUUACUUUGUAGAAUCUCCAGGGUAUAUGAACCUGGAAAACAUAUCUGAUCUAUUUGGGGUCAGUGUGUCAUCAAUUUCCCAGGCCAGUAAUCUAGCUUCCAGUUACACAGGUCAGACUCGAUUGGUUGCAGGCCAACUCUUACUAGUACCUAUCACCUGUGGUUGCACUGGAAACCGGUCUUUUGCGAACAUCACCUAUUCCAUCAAGAGAGGAGAUAGCUACUACGUGGUUUCGAUGUAUACAUUUGAGAAUCUCACCAGAUGGCCGUUAGUGGUAGAGAUGAAUCCGGCUCUGGUUCCCAGCCUCUUGCAGAUUGGUGUCAAAGUGAUUUUCCCUUUGUUCUGCAAAUGUCCCUCGAAGAUGUACUCAGAUUUAGGAAUUAAGUAUCUCUUGACAUAUGUCUGGCAAACCAAUGAUGACAUCUUUAGAGUGAGUGCCAAGUUUAAUAUUUCAGCAUUGAACAUCUCAGGCGCCAAUAACUUCGACAAUGGAAGUCCAGUAGUGGGACAACCAGUGCUAAUCCCACUGACAAAGUUGCCUGCUCUAUCCCAACCCCUACCCCCUCAUGGGAAACACAUAUUCAAGCACCGGUUGAUGCUCAUUGUCAUCAUAUGCUUGGGGGUUGCUCUAAGUGUUGCUUCUCUUUUGGCAAUUUUCUUGGUGCAUACUCAUCGUCUGCGCAAGAGACAGAAGCUUUUGAAUGACAAGAGUUUAUCUCUGGAGAGCGCUGAAUGGUUUCGAAUGAAAGAAGGAAAGAGUGAAGAAAAGAUUGAGAUGAAGUUCAUACAGGACAAGCUUCUUCCCGGAGUUUCAAGCUAUCUAGGAAAAGCAAUUCUCUAUGAUGUCAAAACAAUUAUGGAGGCAACCAUGAAUCUAAACGAUCACUGUGGGAUUGGAGGGUCUGUAUACAGGGCAGUAAUUGAUGGGAAGGUCUUGGCUGUGAAGAAAACCAAGGAAGAUGUCACUGAGGAACUAAAUAUCCUGCAGAAGGUAAAUCAUGCAAAUCUGGUGAAACUAAUGGGCAUCUCAUCUGAGAUAGAUGGAGUUCGCUUCUUGGUUUAUGAAUAUGCAGAAAAUGGAUCACUUGAUAAAUGGUUGUAUCAUAAAACAUCAACCAAUUCAAGUUCCGGGGCAUUCCUCACAUGGAGUCAAAGAUUAAGCAUAGCUCUAGAUGUCGCCAAUGGCCUGCAAUACUUGCACGAACACACACAACCGAGCAUCGUUCACAUGGAUAUAAGGACUAGUAACAUACUUUUGGACUCCAAAUACAAGGCCAAGAUAGCAAACUUCUCCAUGGCUAGAACAGCCGCAAACAGUGUUACACCAAAGGUGGAUGUUUUCUCUUUUGGUGUUAUUCUGCUGUCUUUGCUUUCAGGGAAGAAAGGAAUGGAAACGACAGAUAAUGGCGAGGUCAUUAUGUUGUGGAAGGAUGUCAGGGGGGUUUUGGAAGCUGAAGAGAAAAAACAGGAGAAGCUGAGAGCAUGGAUGGAUCCAACUUUGGAGAGCUUCUAUCCCAUUGAUGGUGCUUUGAGCUUGACAGCCUUAGCAAGCGCAUGCACACAGGAAAAGUCAUCAGCAAGACCAAGCAUGGCAGAAGUGGUCUUCAACCUCUCUGUUCUUACUCAUUCAUCGUCUGAAUCGACGCUGGAGAGGUCUUGGAAUUCUGCAUUGGAAGUAGAAGAAGUUCUUCAAACUAUCAGUCCUAUCAAAGCUCGCUGA